CAACAGUACAGGCAGCGGCAACGUAAACGUGAGUGGCGAGCUGGCGUCGUGGUGAUACAAAUGUUCACGUUUUCAAAACCUGGGACAUAGGAUUGCUUGUUUCCACAACAUAACUAAGAAGUAAAUAAUUUACCGAAUCAAGAGAACUGUUAGAAUGUGAUGUUAAUUACAUUUUGCUUCCAACCUAUGAAGAACGUGGAUACGCAUUUGCGGUUUGCUACAAGAGCAGUUGCACCUCUAAAAAAUUUAAUCGACGCUUUCUGCAGUAAAAUGCUCGUGUUUUAUUUUGCGGAUAUCCUCGUUGGAUUUUUUAAAUCAUUAUUAUGCGUUUAGAGUGUCUGAUUGGUUGAGACAUUUUCUGAGCUUUCUAUUUGAAAUUAUUGUUUCAAAUGUUUUUAAGGACACCCAAAUAACGGUAUUAGUGGCAAUCAUUUUCGGUUUUUAUUUUAUUGUGUUUAUAUAACUAGCCGGUCACCUUGGCUAGUGCUGGCUACAUAGUUUAAAAAACAAACAAACAAUGGAAGUGUUAUUUAAACAAUUGAGAGAGUGAUUGUUUUCUCCGACACAGUGGCAAAGCUGAUCAAAUUCAGGACAAUGUCUGUUAGAAAAUGGAACCUUGUUACAAAAAAGUAUGUUUUGUUCUUUGAAAUAAUUAUCGUCAUCGUGCCUACUUCACUACUGCAAUGUGUAGAGUGAUGGCCCCUGUUCUAACAGCAUUGCAUCACUUCUGUGACAAAUGAGUAUCUCUGGAACAACCGCCGGGAUUAUCUUUACUCACAUUGCUUUCCCUUGAUUCUUUGUAUAACCGAGAAAGGUGCGCUAUUUACUGAUGCAUCUCGGACUUGACGAGCCGGUGCGAGAAUGCCAGUAUAAUCAGAUCUGCACGAGGAACUCGUCGCCUAUGGAGACUUUAAGUCACAAAAAGAAGAGGACUCCUCGGAGGAAGUGGCAGAUCUUCCCUGGCAGAAAUAGAUUCUAUUGUAAUGGAAGAGUCAUGAUGGCGAGACAGACGGGGGUCUUCUACCUGACCCUGGUCCUCAUCAUGGUCACCAGCGGGCUUUUCUUCGCUUUCGACUGCCCGUUCCUAGCAUCCAACCUGACUCCAGCCAUCCCAGUGAUUGGAGGGGUGCUGUUCCUCUUUGUUCUGGGGAUGCUGCUCCGGGCCAGCUUCAGUGACCCCGGGGUUCUUCCCCGCGCCACGCCUGAUGAGGCUGCCGACCUGGAAAGACAGAUGGACGCCGCCAACGGCUCCAGUGGUCCGGGGUACAGACCGCCCCCACGGAUCAGAGAGGUGGUCAUCAACGGGCAGACAGUAAAACUCAAGUACUGUUUUACCUGCAAGAUAUUCAGGCCCCCAAGGGCCUCACACUGUAGCCUGUGUGACAACUGUGUUGGAUCCAACAGGUCGGGCUUCCUCAACGCUCUCAAAGACAGCCCGGCCAGUGUGCUGGAAGUGGUGGUUUGUUUCUUCUCUGUGUGGUCCAUCGUAGGCCUGUCAGGCUUCCACACCUACCUGAUCAGCUCCAACCAGACCACCAACGAGGAUAUUAAAGGCUCCUGGUCGACCAAGCGGGCGAAAAACAACUACAACCCCUACAGCUAUGGGAACGUCCUAACCAACUGCUGCGCUGCCCUAUGCGGCCCCCUUCACCCCAGUCUUAUCGACAGAAGAGGUUUCAUCCAGCCAGACACGCCCCAGCCUCUGUCACACUCGAAUGGGAGCGGCCUGUACCCAUCCACCCAGAAUCACACCCACAUGUGUGACCAAGAGCACUGCAUUCAGAGCACCAAAUUCGUUUUGCAGGCAGCCGCCACCCCCCUGCUUCACAGUGACCCUGUCAUGAUGGGCAGGGCGGGACCUCCUCCCUCUGGGAAGACGUCCCUGGGUGGCCCCUGUUCCUCCCUGGCCCCCAGCCAGCCAUCCCUGCCCUCCUCCAUGCCCGGCCUGGGCUGCGCGGGGGACAUGCUGACCCUGAGGGACCCCGACGCCCACUGCCACCACCAUCACUUUGUCAGCCCAGAAGAGAUGCCCUCGCCCCUGGGCCCCUCUUCCCUGGUGCUCCCCUUCGCCGCCCACGGAGGCCACCUGAACCCGGCCCAGCUCUACGACCCUGCCAGCCAGGACUCUCUGCACGAGGACUCGGUCAGGGGCCUGGUCAAACUCAGCUCAGUCUGAGACCCGUGCCUCGCUAAACUCACUCGCAAAUCUCCACACCCACUGACAGUCCUUGAGGUAUGUAGCGAAACGACGGAGCAGAGAAUUCUGCAUGAGUCAUUGAAGCAACCAAAUGACACCCUAUUCCGUACAUGGCGCACUACUUUUGGCCAAUGAGGAGGCACUCUAGGGAACAGGGUGCUAUUUGGGACACUACCCCAGCCUCCACACUGCCAGCAAAGGACCAAAGCCAUACUUCCUGUUUCCCUAACAUUCCACCCCAGCCCUCGUGCCCAGCCGGGCCUGUUCCCCCCACCUGUUGAAAUAAGCUAUUCUAGUGCCAAGCCGACAGACCGCCAGUCUCGACUGCACCUGACCGGGACCAAAGUCAAGCUUCCGACUCCUCCACAGAAUUGUAGAUUUUGUUCCAUCAGGAGUCAGCCAGGCUAGUAGCCUCUACUUGUGGUGUGUUUUCGGUUGAAAUGAUGAGUACUAAACCGCGUACCAGAACCAGGUCGUGUCACUGCUAGGAUAAUAAAACAACUCUUCUCGCCAAACCUUCGUACCAAGGUGGUCGUUGCGCCAUAAGCGGAGGACGGUUCUCAAGUUCUCCAGCUUGGUUGAAUGGCUAGAAAAGACUUAGAUCUGAACAAAAUGCAUUACUUUGUGUUUUUCACUGUACAAAAAUGAUGUCACUUCCUGUUUGAGAUGUGUGUCAACGCUGUGCGUGGUGAUCGGUGGCGUUCGUCCGUCCGUUCCGGUGUUGAUGUGACCGUAGCUGAGUUACAUUUUUGUUUGGUUAAAAUAUGAUGCCAAAACAAAAUGGCUACAUCCCAAAUGUUGCCCUCCUCAUUCAGUUCACUACUCUGAAGGUCUUCUUAAGGACAGGCAUGCAAUGCAUGUGCCCCAGGGACCCCCCUGACCAAAAUCGUGUUUCAUGGCAAAUUUCUGUGAAAUUAGCUUUUAAAACUUGUCCCUCAUUCUCAAUGUGAACAAAACAAAGUUCGGCCUUGUGAUAAACAUUACAAAACUUGGAGAAUCUGUUAAUGCGGGAGUUAAGUCGUUUUCCCAAAAAUAUGUUUUAAGGACAAUUGAGGUCGCUGCUCUGGGGGUCCCAAAUGCAAUAGUCUGACCCUGACUAUUCCUGACUAAGGGCUCUGGUAAAGUAGUGUACUACGUUGUGAAGGGUGCCAUUUGGGACCCUAAAUAAUGUAAUGAUUAUGUGCCAAGAAAUUCGUAUUGAUUUCCAGCUAUUACAUUAAUGCCUGUGGAAGAUUAAUAAAUUCACUUUUAUGUACA